AUGAAAGACGGCAAAAUAGUUUUCUGUACUGGAGGUGCUGGAGACAUUUGCAGUGCACGGGUGAGGGCAUUGGGGUAUCUCGGCGCAGACGCAUGCAUUGUUGGCCGCAACGUCGCGAAGACCGAACGGACGGCAAGAAUCCUGGCGGAAGCAAGACAAGGGGCACGAGUCAUUGGCUUGGGAGCAGUUGAUGUUCGAAACUACGAAAGUCUUCAGAAUGCAGUGGAGAGAUGCGUAAAGGAGUUGGGAGGAAUCGACUUUGUCAUAGCUGGAGCUGCUGGCAACUUUCUGGCGCCCAUUACCCAACUGUCUCCAAACGCUUUCAGAUCAGUCAUCGACAUUGAUCUCAUUGGUUCUUUCCAUACUCUCAAAGCAACACUCCCGUAUCUAGAGAAGUCAGCCGCGAAGCAUCGCUCGGACGGCGUAGCUCCAUCAUCGGGAACCGGUGGAAGAAUCAUUUUCGUCAGCUCGACUCUUCAGUAUCGGGGGACAGCGCUACAGAUACACGGUUGUGCAGCGAAGGCAGGAGUUGACGCUCUGUCUUCAUGUCUCGCUAUCGAAUUUGAACCUCGUGGUUUAACAUCAAACAUCAUUGCUCCUGGACCGAUUGCGGAAACAGAAGGAUUGAAGAGGAUGGCCCGAGUAGAGGGUUAUCACGGUGUGGCGGCAGGCGUCCCUGUUGGGAGAUGUGGAACUGUGAAGGAGAUCGCGGACGCGACAAUAUAUCUAUUUUCGGACACAGGAAGUUAUGUCAAUGGAGCAACCCUCGUCGUUGAUGGAGGUGCGUGGAGAACUCAAGGUGCAAGUACCAGUCCGGUCUUCCCGUAUCCAGAGUUCUUCUUGUCCAGAAGCAUCGAUGAGAAAGCCCAGUAUGCCAAGUUGUAG